AUAUUAACGCCCCUGAUGUUGUUUUUCAACAGAUACAUCUUAGAGUUGGACAACUACAGCCCUAUUCCUGUCUGUAAUGACGAGGAGUUCUUCAAGAUGAUGGCUCAGUUUCCAUUCCAGGAUCCAGACUUGGAAAACCAACCGUUCCCCAAGAAGUUCCCGUUCUCGGAGUUUGUUCCCAAAGUCUACUCCCAGAUCAAGGAAUUCAUCUACGCCUGCCUCAAGUUUUCCGAAGACCUUCAUCUGAGUUCCACAGAGGUGGAUGACAUGAUCCGAAAGUCGACCAACCUCCUGAUGACCAGGACCCUGAGCAACUGCCUGCAAAACGUCAUCAAGAAGCAGCAUGUGGGACUGACAGAGCUUGUACAGAUUAUCAUCAACACAACACACCUGGAGGGAUCGUGCAAGUUUCUAGAGGAGUUUAUCACCAACAUUACCAAUGUUCCACCGGAUACGGUUCAUGCCACCAAGCUGUAUGGAACAGCAACCUUCAAGGAUGCCCGGCAUGCCGCAGAGGAAGAGAUCUACACCAAACUCAACCAGAAGAUCGACCAGUUCCUGCAACUCGCCGACUAUGACUGGAUGAGAGGAGAGUCCAACGGGCACGCCAGCGAUUACCUGCUCGACCUCAUCGCCUUCCUCCGCAGUACCUUCGCCGUCUUCACCCACCUGCCGGGCAAAGUGGCUCAGACAGCUUGCAUGUCCGCCUGCAAGCACCUCUCCACGUCUCUGCUGCAGUUUCUGCUCGACACCGAUGUCAAGCAGGUCACCAUGGGGGCGCUGAAACAGUUCAACAUGGACAUCAAGGAGUGUGAACACUUUGCCAGUUCUGGGCCGGUGCCUGGCUUCCAAGGGGACACACUGCAGUUGGCCUUCAUCGACUUGAGACAAGUAAGCCUUUGUUUCAAAUGUCGCCUGUCACAGCCCCGGACAUCCCUGACUGCUCGACGGCCGAUGGGCUGUCAAUGGAUGAGGUAUUCAUUGAAACGGCCGUCGCCUGUGCCCCGACACGACAAGUCGCAACCAGGAAUUUAA